AUGCUCUCGCAACUGCUUCGCUUAGGCACGAAUAGAACUAUCAACUAUUAUGGUCGCGGAUUACUGAAUUCUACUUUAGGGUUUUCAAAUCCUUUCUUGACGAGAGGGUUUAAAGUCAGGACUGCUAUCAAGAAAUUUUGCAGUGAUUGCUACAUGGUGAGACGAAAGGGCAGAGUAUAUGUAUACUGCAAAUCCAACAAAAAGCAUAAGCAGCGUCAAGGCUAG